UAGACGAGGAAGCAGUAUUAAGUGCAGAGCUAAGUGAACACUCUCCUUCCAGACUGUAAAAACUAUAGUAUCUGCAACUUUUCCCAUUGUAUUGUCUAAUGAAUGGAAAUAUUAGAUAUCAGUCAUUGAGCUAAUUGUAGUCGCGUGCAUGGCUUGAUAAAUAAUGUGCAGAGUACACGAUUGAAGAGAAAGUGCAUUGACAAUUGAUAUCUGGAGAUAAUCAUGCUUCAUUUGAGACAGUUGGCUUGCAGUUGGUGGUCGUGUCUCCUUCACAGUAGAGCACCAUGUGUGAAAACAUUGGUCCAUGGAGAUCAGAGGAGACUGUUCAACACCUCAAACAGCCGUAUGACAAUAAUGCCUGCUUGGGUUAUCGAUAGAUACGGCAGCAAUGAUGUCCUACGGUUCACUAAAAACGCCAGCUUCCCAAUCAUCAACUAUCCGAAUGAAGUCGUCGUUCAAGUUCAUGCCGCAGGUCUAAACCCCAUUGACGUCAGCAUGAGAGGCGGGUAUGGGGCUGCCACUAUGGCCAUGAAGAGAGACCCCCUGAACAUCAAGCAGUCGGGCAGUGAGUUCCCCCUCAUUCUGGGCCGAGAUAUGUCCGGAGUCAUCAUGGAGUGUGGUCUGGAUGUGACACCAGCCUACUUUAAAGAGGGGGAUGAGGUGUGGGCGGCCAUUCCCCCAUGGAAACAAGGCAGCCUGGCUGAGUUUGUGGUGUUGAGUGCAAAUGAGGUGUCCAAAAAGCCCAAAUGUCUGAGUCACAUAGAGGCGGCGGCUGUUCCUUACGUGGCUGCCACAGCCUGGUCUGCCCUAGUCAACACAGGAGGCCUCAACAAGGACAACUGUGCCAAGAAACGCAUUCUGAUCCUGGGAGGUUCAGGAGGAGUCGGAACAUUUUCCAUACAGAUGCUCAAGGCCUGGGGAGCCCAUGUGACAGUAACCUGCUCCCAGAAUGCCGAGCGGCUGGUGAGGGGUCUAGGGGUGGAUCACGUGGUGGACUACACAGCUGGGCCUGUUGAGGUGCCACUGAGAGCGCUGGAAAAGUUUGAUCUGGUUCUGGAUAAUGUGGGCGGGGACACAGAGAGCUGGGCGCUGGGCCUGCUGAAGCCGUGGUGCGGCGCCAAGUAUGUAACACUGGUAACGCCCUUCCUCUGUAACACUGACCGGCUAGGUAUCGCUGAUGGAAUGCUCCAGACCGGGGUCACCGUGGCAUCCAAGGCCCUCAAGCAUUUAUCCAAGGGAGUGCACUAUCGCUGGGGGAUGUUUGCACCCAACGGACUUGCCCUGGAUGACAUCAGCGAGAUGGUGGAUGCAGGAAAGAUCCGUGCGGUGGUGGAGGAGGAGUUUACCUUCUCCCAGGUGCCCCAGGCCAUGCUGAAGGUAGAGAAGGGACACGCUCGGGGGAAGACUGUGGUCAAGAUCAGCAGCGGAGAGGACUCGUCCGAGUAACCAGCGAAAUCCUUAGGCAUCCAUUAUGAGAAAUUAUCCUUUAUGAUCGUCUGUGCUAAGGCUAUGACUGUGUGUCUGUCUGAGAAGAGGCUGCCUGUUGUAGCUAUGUGAUAAGUAAAACGUAUUCAAGUCCUUGACCUUGUGAUCUUCAUUGAAAGUGUAAUUGAGAUUCUUCGCCAUAGUAACACCAAUCAAGGAAACCAUUUUUUUUGUAGAUGUAACAGCAUCUUGAUGACAUAUUUACAAGACCGUGGUUAGCAUGAUACUGUAGCACAGUGUUGAAAUUGAUAUUUAGUCAUUCAACAAAAUCUAUACCUGCAGAAGUUAAUGUACUGUGCAGUGAUGUCUGUAGAAAAAUAUUAAGUUCACUUCAAAAGACAUGAAAAAACAUUAUUUGGAGAAUGUAAGGAGUGUUCAUCUAUGACAUGAAGAAUCUGUGACCAUAGAACAAUAAGUGUGCUGAAAAGGAUAUACAUUUGCAACAUUGUUGUAAGAAAACAGAUCUCAGUAAUUGACUGGUAAAGUACCAUAGAAAAGAGAUUUGUGGAUAAAAUCAGCAUCAACACAGGGCUUAAGUCAUUGUAAAUGAUAUGAAUACAGGAGAGCCACUAGCACAUUCCCAAACAGUUAUUCUUUGGUAUGCUCAAUGAGAGGUAAGUGAACAAAUGAAUUGUGGUAUUUGUACAGCAUCAGUCAAGUCCUCAAAGUAAAAUGCUGUGCUCCUUGCUCGAUAGAUUGUUCUAUAGCCGUGUGUAGUUUUGUCUUCAGAGAGUAGAUCACUGGUUUAUGGUUGUAUUUCACAAAGACAGUUUGGAAUUUCUGCUCUCAAGCUCAACAAAUGUUG